AUUUAAUUACCGGGGAGUUUAGUUUUUACUUAAAUAAUUUGCUUAACACAUACAAGAAAACAAAAACACUGCAGCUGCAAUCAUGGACAGAGAAGUGGGACAAGCGUACCACACAGUGCAGCUAUCAACAAAAGAAAUGCUGAAGAACAACCGCAGACAGAAUUUAAGCAAUAUGAUAGACUUGCUAGCAAGUAGCUGCAAGGCAUCUGGUCUGAUUGCUACUUCCUUCACAAACGACGAACUUAUUGAGUUCUGGCUAAAAGACAUCUUGCCGCUUAUGUUUGACUCUGAACGAAGUAUACAAACAGCCGCCAUUGCGGCAAUGUCGGAGGCACUGGUGGCGCUCGAUGUAAGCGUCAUACACAGCACCAGCGUGUGGCCGCAAAUUAGAAGCGAGUUCAUCAAUAAAUAUACGACUCUCAUUAGCGAAAUGCGUGAUGCUAAGAACUCGAAUUGGCACAAAAUCUGGACGCUGCUUGUACAGAUUAUGGACGAGGAAUUGUUGCGAGGCUGCACGUACAUCAACAAAUUUUUAGCCGUAGUAGAAAUGGGCUUCCGUAAUGCAGAUAAUGGGGUCCGCUCCGAGGCCUUCCUUUGUUGGCGCGUGCUCAUUAAGAUAUUCGCCGCCUACAACGAGCUAGCAGCCAGCAAACGCCUGCGCCUGCUACUUAUACCACUGCGCACUUCGCAAUCCCGUUCCUCGCACGUCACUGGCAUUAAGCUGCGUGUCUGGUGGUACCUGCUCACAUGCCUUGAGGAUGAUUUGCCCAAGGCUUUUGACAAUGCCGUAGAGUAUUUCCUAAGCUUAGUGUUUGGAGGUGGCGCGCGUGGGCAAUCUACAGGCCUUGUGCACAAUUAUCAAACAGCGCGCGAACUGGCUCUUCCGUGUCUGGUUUCUUUGUGGAGCUUAGAGUCAAAUGAUGAACUUCGUCGAAUCCUGCGCGAAUUACGGCUAGAGGCAUUGGCUCAACCCUCGCCACUAAUGCAAUCUUCCAUUUUGCAACAGCACUGGCGUCCGCUGCUUGCCGCCGCAGUUGUGGGUAUGCAGCUUAUGAACCAAAACGACAGCAGCUCUGAAACUGAAGAACAAUUGCUCCACAUGCUCGUGCGUAAUCUAACGCUGGCCAUGUUCCAGUUGCGUCAGGCGGCCUUCAUAAUAGCUACCUGUGCUGAGUUGGAAAAAACAUUGGCAACGUCUGGCCGGGUGGUGCGAAUUUUCUUUAAUACGUGCGCCUCAGAGAGUUUGGUGAUGAAACAUGACCAAGGCAGCGAUUAUCUUGACGUGCUGGAAGCAUGCAUGAAGCUGUGCAUUAAGGCUAAAGGAGAAGUACCCCCGGCUGUGCUUCAGCGCUGUCUAACUCUGAUAUUUUCACCGGAAGAACUACAAGCUCAUAACCAGAAUGACUUCCGCCAGCUUAUCUCGUUCGCCGAACUUCUAAUGCAAUCCAACGAUGAGGAGGACUAUGUUGCCUUUGGCGUAAAGCUGCACAUCUGGCGUCAGCUGACGAGCACUUUUGUUAGCUAUCUUCGCGAAAACGCACUCGAGUACCGGCUAACACACAAUGCCACAUUAUUGGACAGUUGGCUGUUGUGGCCUUUGCAGACGUGUGUGGGAUUUGCUGGGCGACGUGCACAUACUACCUUCGAUAGCGCCUUCUGUGAACAAUGGCGUCAGCUGCUCAAUGCGGGACAUAAUGCACCUGAUCGCAAGAAUUUUGUGGGCGAGCUAAAGAACGCAUUGAAAGAACUUUUAAAAAGCAGCAAAGAGGAGCUAUGUUUUCCAGAAUUAUUUGAAGCAUAUGUAGGAGCAGUUGUAAAGCUUGGAAUUUGCAAGGACGCCCCAAUUUACAAGGAUGUUUUCGCCCUUCUAAUGUCGGUUUUCGAACAACAAGCACUGCCCCAAAAGUCGCUGGAGGGCUGUCUAAAUACGCUACGCAAUCUCAUUCUGGAGUUGCGCCAGAACGAACUCAUGGUAAUUUUUGAUGCCCUAAAACCAACACUGGCGGCAGCAUUACAAUGCUGGAACAAGCACAAAUGCGAGGGAAGCUUCCUCAUUGAAUGGAAGCGUGCUAUACAGGAGAAGUUUCGCAAGCAGCCCAUGAAAAGCAUGACCAACCAGCUGAAGGAUCUGUUUAAGGGCGACGAUCUUUUUGUCAUUAUACCCUCAGUGUGGAGCUUAGAUCCAGACAAGCUCACCGAACGUCAAAAGGAGCGUUUUGCUGAAAAAUCUGACAUACCAGCACUAUAUAACGACAUGAGCCAAUCGCAAGACUCGUCAAUUAAGCCUUGGACACCUAAGAAAGUGGUUAUAGCAAAAAGUAAACAAGCUGAGCUGGCCAUUGGAGGUGAUACUAAUACCGACAGUCCUAUUGUUAUCGAGGAUACACCCAAUGAUGAACCUUUUGCUUUCACUACUGAAACGCCAAAGAGAAGACGCCAGACUGACUCUGCCUUGGAACUCAACAGCACGGAUAAGUAUAAAUUUCGAAAGCCACGUGCAUUAGGCGAAGAAGAUUCCACCUCAGGAACAGUCACGAGGACUCCAGCCAGCAAAGAGGAAACACCAGUUCGACUGACACGUCAACGCUCGGCUGCAACUUCAAAGGAUGUUAGCCAUGAAAAGCAGGAAUCAGUGGAGCGGCAAGAACGAUCGCCCACAAAGCACCAGCCCUCGGACUCUGCCACAAUCAAAGUAUCCACAAUGAAGGUAAAGUCAACAACACCAGCAUUAGAUACCGCCAAGUCAGCUUCCACGCUUUCCGAGGAUUUAUUUUCGGAUAUCGUUCCCACCCAAUUACCGGAGCUGUCAACAAAGGCAUCCAGUGUAGAAGAAACACAAUUGAUGGCGCCAAAGGAGACUCUGCUUGAUGAAUCGGCGCCGCCUCCUGCUCAAACAGUACCCGAAAUAAAUAUCGAACCAAUACAGCAAAUGCAGGAGACAUCACCGAAGAAGCCACCAACGCGCCUUUGCAAUUUGAACUCCCCACCGGAUCGCAAGCAGACCAACAACUCAACCAGCCCCACACUCCGGCCGAAACCAACGGCUCAUUUAACUGGACGUGGGGCACAAUUAAUCAACAUGAUACGAAAUAAGAAGCUGGAUAGCUGUUCUACCUCUUCAAACGGGUUCAACAGCAGCCGACAAGUGACGCCCGCUCGCAUGCUCGAGCGCACUGAAAUGGUGUCGACGCCGACAGCCGAGCUUAAUGAACUGAUUGGCACCGAGCAGACAUCCACGCCCAUACAGCAGCCGAAGGAUCUCUUAAUAUUCUCUAAGCGAUUGCCCUCGCCGUCGGCCUCCCCAUCGGCAAGCAUCCUUAAACGCAAGCUUCGCUGCGAAAGCAUAGACGAGAUGUCUAUUGAAUCGCCAGCGCUAAAGCGCAAACGCGUUAGUUUUCACGAUCCACCAGUGUCUGUGACCAAGGAGUAUUUGCGAGACACGGAGGAAAGGAGCAACAAACCGAAACGCUGCUUGCUACUAGACAACAAGAUGGUCGCACAAACUCCAGAUAUGAAGCAUGCGCUUAAACGACGCGGUCGCCUGGACAGCAUCAUUGAAAUUGAGAAGUUUGCCAAGGAGCAAACGGCACGAACGGCUCUAGCCGACAAGUCCAUGGACAAAUCUACAGAGAUGGUCGAGGAUGACGCCUUCACCACACUCAAGUGGAACGAUACGCAUAACAAUAGUGCUGCGAAUACAGAGAGCAACAGCAGCAUGAAAAUGGAACAAAAUCACAGUGUAAUUACCACAGCGGAACAAUGUCGCGAUCUGUCAAUUAUGGAUGCAGAUAAGGCUCUGGAUUUAGUCCUGGAGCAAUGCUCUCUAGAAACCGUGCUCGAGCGGUACUUCAGACAGACCAACACAACGCCGUAUAAAAGCGCCAAUGUGGUCACCAAAUUUCUGUCAGCUCAGAUGAGUGGCAAUCAUAAAAUGUGCACUAAUGUGCUUGAAACACUAUCCGAAAACCACUCUAAAGACUUUCUGGACCAUGCAGUACGCGAAAAUUUGUCCUCGGUGGUUUGCGAUCGCCUCAAUCCCAACUCAGUGCUGGACUAUAUAUUUGCCAAGUCCAAAAUUAACAGCACUUGUCGCAGCAAUCUGCUAGCUCAGGUGCCGGAUGUUCUGAAGAGCAGUCGCGUUGGGUCCGAGCGAAAAGACUUUGUACAGGAAUUGCUCCUGCAGUGCAGCUUCAAUGAUGAGCAACUGCUCGACAUUAUUGGACAACUUAUGCGGGCACGAGAGACGCGCGAACACAACAGCGAGAGUGUGGCUGAAACUGCGGCGGACUCCUCCUCCAAUUUGUGAGGGUUACAAGCAAUUCGAUGUUACGAAGGUACAUUAUGUAGGUGGAUUAAUAUUAAAAUAGUCUUAAACACAUCAUACACAUAAUCAUUUAUGUAAUAUUGAAACUUUUAAUUUGUAUAAAUCCCCUCGAUUAUGUAGAUUAGUAUUUAAAUGUACAUACAUUUUACAAGGGCCAUAUCAUCCCUAUUGGGUAUUUUAUGUUGGGUCUCACUAGAGGCUAAGGUUUACCUCUUGAUACAUUUUAAUUAUUAUUUUAAAAUUUUAGAUGUCAUUUUAUUCUAUAAUUUUUUAAAUAUCGUUCUUUUAUUGCACCAGGAAAAAUUUUCAAAUUAUACAAAGUAAAUAUGUAACGGAAAACAA